AGAGAGAGAGAGAGAGAGAGAGAAAACACGCACAGAGCGAGUCCCUCCACUUACGCCGCCUCCAUUUUGAAUAGCCAUGUAAUAGGGGAUUCGCAUACUUGGUGUGUGUGUGUGCGCGCGUGCGUGCGCGCGCGGGUGUGUGUGUGUGUGUGUAUCGCCCACUGCGCUGCGUAGUGUCAACAAGCCACAUCCAAACAUCCCUCGACAUGGACGACCUGUUCAGCCCGCGGAGGAGCUUGAACAGCACCCAGGGCGAGAUCAGAGUGGGGCCGAGUCAUCAGGCGAAGCUUCCCGAGCUGCAGCCACGGCCUCCACCUGCUUCACAGACGCAGACGGAGAGCGAGGAGCUCAUGUGGACGCCCGGGGUCAAUGACUGUGACCUCCUCAUGUACCUGAGAGCCGCCAGGAGCAUGGCAGCGUUUGCAGGUAUGUGCGACGGCGGCUCCACGGAGGAUGGAUGUUUGGCAGCGUCCCGUGACGAUACCACCCUCAACGCUCUCAACAUGCUCCACGCGAGUCACUACGAUGCUGCAAAAGCUCUCCAGCGUCUGGUGAAAAAGCCUCUCCCGAAACUUAUUGAAAAAUGUUGGUCGGAGGAUGAUGUGAAACGCUUCAUCAAAGGACUGAGACAAUAUGGAAAGAAUUUCUUCCGCAUUCGAAAAGAUUUCCUCCCAAGCAAGAAGACUGGAGAGCUGAUCACGUUUUACUACCACUGGAAGAAAACUCCAGAGGCUGCUGGCACGAGAGCUUACCGGCAGCAGCGCCGGCAGCCGUCAUCUCGGAAAGCAAAGACUCGAUCUGCGGCCGCUCCCGUAAACCCGCCUUCUCGAAAUUAUUCAGUGGACGCCAGCUCUGCCAGCGAGGAUGACCUCGACAGUGAAGACAGCGAGCAGGACGUAAAGAGCUGCAGCCACUGCGGGACAACAAAUUCAAAAGAUUGGCACCAGGGCGGACGGCACAACCCUCUGCUGUGCACAACGUGUCGCACGUAUGAAAACAAGCAUGGAUGUCUUCCGCCCGCUUCCAAAUCUGCAAGCGGUUCGUUCAUGUUUAAACCCGUUAAAGCAGAAGAAGAGGUGAACAGCAAGCACGGCAUGAGGACACGGCGCAGCAGAGCACCUCAGUUGUCGUCUUUAAGAAGUGGCCACAGGAGACUCACAGGCUCCCCGACCAGUGAGGAUCGGCAGUCCAGCAACCCGUCUCCCAGCGGACCCAUCUCAAGUUCUUUGAGAUCGUCAUCUGUGGAUAGUAAGAACGACUCCACGAAGAAAACGAACAAGGACAAGGUAAGCCGGAAGAUAAAAGAAGAGGUGACGUUGCCAAAGACAUCGAAACGUGUUCGGGAGACUCCUGCUCAGGAACCUGACGAGCCUGAAAAGGUUACACCUAAAAGGCCAAAGACCCAGGAUCCACAGGGCUCCCGGUCAGAGGGAGAGGCGGAGGUGGAGGAGGAAAGCUCUUCAGAAAGCCGCAGCGCUCAAGACGAUGGCAGCAGCGACACCAAAGACAUCGAUCAGGACAACCGCAGCUCGUCUCCCAGCAUUCCCAGCCCUCAGCAGGGCAACGAGAGCGACUCGGACUCAUCGGCCCAGCCGAACGGCGUCCCUUCGGAGCCCGCUGCCCCCGCGGCGGUGUCGGCCGACACGCCGGUCCCACAGGCCUCCGCUCCUGCUGCCCCCGUUCCCCCUCAGCCAGUACAAAGCAUGCCGGCCGCCGAUCCCGCGCAGAGUACCCCUCCUUCCUCUCCAGACGUCCCUCAACCGGCUGCCGCUCAGUCAGCCGCCGCAUCGGCUCCGAGCGGCCAAGCGCAGCCCGUCUCUCACUCGCUGCCCGGCCCCCCCCCUCCUCCGCUCCCCUCGGCCCUGGGUCCGGAUUCCUCCCUUUCCCCGGCGUUUCAGGUCCCUCCUGCGCUCAGCGCCGCACAGCCCCUGCAGCCACAUGGCCCCCCGACUCAGGCCCCGCAGCGUCCCUCACCCCUGUUCCGGGAGGCACCGCUCCCACAGCCUCCUCUGUCGGGCCCCCAGAUCAAGCCCCCUCCCACCACCCCCAUCCCACCCUCCCACAAACAGCUGCCGCACCAACCCGCUGCACCUUUCCCCCAGAUGCCUGCAAACCUGCCCCCUCCUCCUGCUCUGAAGCCACUCAACUCCCUGCCCAACCAGCACCCCCCGGGCGCCCCCCCUCCCCCGCUGCAGCUCAUGCCGCAUCCCCUGCCAGGGCAGGCCCUCCCCGCUCAGCUUCCAGUGAUCUCUCAGGUGCAGACACAUCCCGGAAAAAGCAUGACCUCCUCCCACCCUCCCGCCGCUUUAGCGCCCUCCGCCAUGGGCCCCGUCCCGAGCCUGCAGUCGUCCUUCCCGCCGCUCCCUCUCAGACCCUCGCCCGGCGGCUCGGCGACGGGGUCACAGAUUCAGAUCAAAGAAGAGCCGGUGGAUGAGGUGGAGGAGCCGCAGAGCCCCCCCUCUCCACCCCGGAGCCCGUCUCCAGAGCCCACCGUCGUCAACAUCGCGAGUCACGCCAGCCAGUCUGCGCGGUUUAUCAAACAUUUGGAUCGUGGUUACAACUCGUGCGCGAGGACGGACCUUUUCUUCACUCCUCUGUCGUCCUCCAAGCUGGCCAAGAAGAGGGAGGAGGCUGUGGAGAAGUCGAGAAGGGAGGCCGAGCUCAGCGCCCGACAAGAGCGCGAGCGCGAAAAAGACCGGGAGCGAGAGCGCGAACGGGAGGCGGACAGAAACGCCGUGAGUGCAACAUGUUUUUUUCCUUCUAAUUCCCAACCUCUGCAUGGUAAUCCGUGUCGCCUCACACCCCGUCUGUGCUUCCAGAGAGCCUCCACCUCCUCCCACGACAGUCGCAUGAGUGAAGUGCAGAUGGCGGCUCAAGGCCACGGGCGCCCCUCCUUCGAGCAGCCGCCCACGACGGUCGCCGCCGUGCCGCCCUACAUCGGGCCCGACACGCCCGCCCUGCGAACCCUGAGCGAAUACGCCCGGCCCCACGUCAUGUCGCCCACCAACCGCAACCACCCGUUCUACGUGUCCCUGAGCCCCGGCGACCCGCUGCUGGCGUACCACAUGCCCGGCCUGUACGCCGCCGAGCCCAGCCUGAGGGAGCGCGAGCUGAGGAACCUCCGCGAGCGGGAGCUCCGCGAAAGAAUGAAGCCGGGCUUCGAGGUCAAACCUCCGGACCUGGAGACCCUGCACCCUUCGGCCAAUCCCAUGGAGCACUUCGCCCGACACGGGGCGUUGGGUCUUCCCCACAUACCCGGGCCCCCCCACCCCUUCGCGCCCUUCCACCCGGGGCUGAACCACCUGGAGCGGGAGAGGAUGGCGCUGGCGGGACCUCAGCUGCGCCCGGAGCUGAGCUACGCCGAGCGCCUCACCGCGGAGCGGCUGCACGCCGAGAGGAUGGCCUCCGUGGCGACCGAUCCCGCCACCAGGCUCCAGAUGCUCAACGUGACGCCGCAUCAUCACCAACACUCUCACAUACACUCCCACCUCCACCUCCACCAGCAGGACCCCCUGGGCCAGGGUUCAAGCCCACAUCCUCUGGUGGACCCCCUCGCCACGGGGCCGCGUCUGGCCCGAUUCCCUUUCCCCGGAGGUCCCAUUCCCAACCCUCUACUCAGCGAACUUCCUCACGAUCAUGAGAUGCUGCGCCAUCCGCUGUUUGGCGCUGCGUAUCCACGAGAGCUACAGGGUCCAAUUCCUCAGAUGUCGGCCGCUCACCAGCUGCAGGCCAUGCACGCCCAGUCCGCAGAGCUGCAGAGGAUGGCGAUGGAGCAGCAGUGGCUGCAUGGGCAUCACCUGCAUGGAGGCCCUCUGCCCAGCCAGGAGGAUUACUACAGCCGCCUGAAGAAAGAAGGUGACAAGCCAUCUUGAUUCCCAGGUGGUGCAUGCCCCGAACCCCCACAGCUAUACUCAAUACUGUGUACUUUUGAAACUGUAAGAAAAUAUUUUGUGUGUCAUUUUAUUUGUUUUAAUAUAUUUUAGAAAAUAAUUGUGGAACUUUAUGUGCAUUCCUUGUUCAGCACUUACCGGGACUGUCGAAGUCCGUCUGAGUUUUUCAUAUCACCUUAAAGAUUUAUACUAGUUUUAUUGUCCGAAUGAGGAGCGGUGCUGCCCGCCGAUGGGAGAUUCAAAGUCAUACGUUUUCUCGAACUGGUUGUUGAGAAGUUUCGUAUUCAGUCUCAUGAAUUUGCUAAAGUACAACUCUUAUAAAGGAUAUGAAAACAGACCGACUUUGGUGUUGAUUUGAAAAUCCCCUCUAAUGAUUUCAGAAAGAUUUCCUUGUACAGAAUGACAUUUAAAUCAGUGUGUGGAUGAUUGUAACGACCUAGCAUGACUCUCAGUCUCCUCUUUCCACUGAACUAGAGUAGCAAGUUGCAUUGUGGUGUUUAGACUUUGGAAGCAUAAUCGAGGUUGGAUCCUAAAUCUGCUAAAUAUUUGAUUAAAUCUUAAAAGUUUUAUAUUUCGGAAUAUCUUUUCACAGUAUAACCGAAGCUUUUAUUCACUCAUUUUUUGAGACUGUAAAUAUUACAUGGUCACAAUAUUCUAUCUGAAUGAAUGCUAUUGAUAUGUCAGUAGGUGUGGACACUUGACCCCCGAUUCAGCAGUAAACAAUAAGCUAAAAACAGCAUAGUAUUAUAAGGAUGGAACAUUAUUAAUUGGACCACGAUGUGUCGCUAAAGACGAAGUUUUAUCCAAAAUGUGUAUUUACGUUGUUUUAAUGAUCUAAUUGAAUAUAAACUCGAUCUAAAAACACUUUAACCAAGAUUUCACAAACUGCCUAAAUUCAGUAUUUAUGUGAUAAUAGUAUGAAAGUGUAUCCAUGGCAUAUUUAUUUCAAUAAAUAUUUCUGCAUUGA